UGUCAAAUACACGACAAGAAGCAUAUGUACAUCAAAGAAAAACGUACAUUUAUUUUGUGAAGCAGGCGAUACCGCUCAGAGCAGCUGCUAAAGCAGAGGUAAGAGCACCUAAGUCGGUUGAGCAGAGAGACAAACAAUUAUAAUCUCAACGGCAGCAGUUGAAAAAGCUUGCGGACCUGAGAAUUAAAGAGAGCGUUUUAGCGCGACGAGAGUGUUUUGUUGACGUGCGUGUAAGUAAAGAGACUCAAAAUUGAUAGAAAUAACAAGAAGGCUGCUGCAACUGGUACCUCUUCCGAGGACCAGCCGCCGCGCAAAAAAGGACGACGUUCAGCAGCAGGAUCAUCGGCAGCAGCCGCAGCGGGAGCUUCGAUAACGACGACCGGAUCCGCAGCAGCAGCAGUAACUGAUACAAGUGGAAGUAGUAGUCUCAGUACGAUUGCGUCUAUUGACGCAGACACAGCGUCGACUUCACGAGCGGCACAACAGCAGCAAUCAAAUCAAAAUAUUCGUGAGAAACAAAAUAGAGGUGAACCAAAAAGUAAUAGUUGCGUAAACAUCGAAACAAGCGAGAAUUUACAAGAAAAUACAACAGUAAGCACUUCGAUUAGCAGUGAUAAUAUUGUGAGCGUCGUCAGUGGCGCAGUCGUUGACCGUAACAUUGAAGUACUUGAAAAUAAUAUUAAUAGUAAUAGUGAUAGCAUAACUACGAAUAUGCAAAAUUCAACACUGAAUCCUACAUUAUCGAGCACAUCCUCAUCUGGAUCGGGUUCGGUUGCGGGCUCCGCGUCAGUGUCCACGUCUGGUGGGCCUUCGGUUGGCACUUCAGCUGCAGCAAAUUCGGCAAAUGAUGAAGUUGGUAGUACAGUAGGGCAUAUUGGUGACUCGCUAGCUAAUUUACCUAGUUCUGUAAAUUCAUCAACGUCAACAUCAAAUGGCCACGACACAAAACACAAUGGAUUUACCGGUACCAAUGAGAGUGGCACUGUGGACCUACAAAACAAUCACGAUCAAUCAAUCGUGCCUAUAGCCAAUCAUAAUUUGCAUUUGGACAAGUCUAAUCAGGAGAUAAUACGUUUGAUUGGUCAAUAUUUGCAGGAUAUAGGAUUGGAGAAGUCGGUAAAGACCUUAAUGACAGAAUCUGGUUGUUACUUGGAACAUCCAGCUGCAUCGAAAUUUAGAGAGCAUGUCUUGUCUGGAGAGUGGAACAAAGCUGACGUUGACUUAAAGGAACUUGAACCACUCAUUGACAAUGGCAAACCAUCGACUAUCAUCGAAAUGAAAUUUUUACUAUUAGAGCAGAAGUACUUGGAAUUUUUAGAUGAUGGCUGUCCAUUGGAUGCUUUGCAUGUGCUACGCAAUGAACUUACACCGCUACAACACAACACUUCACGUGUUCACCAACUUUCCUCAUAUAUGAUGUGUUCGAAUAAUCAUGAUCUCUAUCAACGCGCCAAAUGGGAGGGCAAAGGCAUAUUAUCACGUGCUGUGGUUAUGGACCGUCUGCAGGCAUUCCUACCACCAACAGUAAUGAUGCCACCACGCCGUUUACGCCACUUACUCCAGCAGGCUGUUGAAUUGCAAUCGGAACAUUGCGAUUUUCAUGACAUGGCGUUUAAAACAAAUUUACAAAACAUCUCAUUGCUCACUGAUCACACCUGUGACACAGAUGGUUUUCCUAUGCAAACUAUACAGGUGCUCACCGAUCAUUGUGAUGAGGUUUGGUAUUGUAAAUUCUCCCCAGAUGGCCUUAAACUCGCUACAGGUAGCAAAGACUCCAGCGUUAUCAUUUGGGAUGUGGAUCCAUAUAAGUUGACACUAAAGCAUCGUCGCAUAUUGGAAGCGCAAUCCAAUAUAAGCGUAGCUUUUGUUAGCUGGAGUCCAGAUUCGAAAUUAUUAUUGGUGGGUGGACCUGAUGAUACACCCGAAAUAAGCAUAUGGAAUGUGGACGAUGGCAAAUUAAUUCUGAAAAUGUCGCAAUCAGUAGAUGAUAGCCUGUCAUGUGGUGCUUUCAGUCGUGAUGGUAGUCGCUUCGUUUGUGGCGGCCAAAAAGGGCAGUUCUACUUGUGCGAUUUGAGUGGAUCAAUUCUUAAUACUUGGGAAGGCGUACGGAUUAAUAGCGUUGCCUAUCGCGCUGAUAAUAAGACUAUAAUAGCAUCAGAUAAUCACUAUCGUAUCAGAGGCUACAACUUCGAAGACCCCGGUACAGAUUUCGAUAUUCUCAAAGAACCGCACCCGAUAAUGACAUUUACCGUAAAUUCUGCCGAUCGUCUGGCCUUGCUCAACAUUUCCAGCCAAGGACUACAUUUAUGGGAUUUGGAAGACAAGUGUUUAGUACGUCGGUUUCAGGGCAUACGUCAAAGCAAAUUCGCCAUACAUUCAUGCUUUGGUGGGGUAAAUGAAAGUUUUGUGGCGAGUGGUAGCGAAGAUAAACUGGUUUGUAUUUGGCAUAUAAAGCGCGAGGAGCCGUUGGGCAAACUGGCCGGUCAUACAAAAACAGUAAAUUGUGUCUCCUGGAAUCCUAUGUUUCCGUCCCUCUUGGCAUCAGCUAGUGACGAUGCCACCGUACGUAUUUGGGGCCCGAAAUCGCACAGUGCCAAUGCCACACCCGAAAGUGAUGACUGUUCGUCUUGUUCAUCAUCAUCGUCGUGGAAUAUGACAUCGUAAUUUAGCACACUUACGCAUAUACACACCAUAAAAGCGGUAAUCUAUAGAAAAAGCACACACUCGCUAUAGCCACUUAGAUAAAACAACUAAAAUAGCAAUACAAUAGUAAUUAAUCUAUAAAGAAGGUUAAUGGACAAAACAAAACAAAAAUUAAUUGAAAAUUAACAGGCAAGCAGCAAUUAUCAUUUAAAAAUAAAACUAUUAUAAGAAAAUAAAAUAUUUAUAUGAAAUUUAUUAAAAAACUGCAAAAGUAAAAGGGGUGCGUGAAGUGCUUGCUGCACUUUUCGAAAUUGACUUCGAAAAAAAUGCUUGGCUAAAUAUCGCCACAUUUAAUGAUUAGAUUAAACGAGUUGAUGGGGGCACGUCAGUUAAAUAAUUUCGCCAUUAGAUUUUAAGACAGGCAAAACAAGAAGAGCACAAUGUGCCCAUUGUUUCUUUUCAAAUAUUAACUUUCUAAAUGUAAGGGCCACAAAUAAAAUGCAUACAGUUAUACAAAAUGUAUGUUACAAACAAAUAAUAGCAAGAAAUAAUUAAAACGGAGAAUUCGCUACAAAAAAAUAAAUAAUUAUGAAAAAUAUAAGUAAGCCUGAAAGCAAUGAGAACUAAAAUUCAUUUAAUUGAAGGGAAAAUAAACGAAUAAAUACGAAACUAAGAAAAAAUUAUAUAUAAUAAUUAAACUGGUUUAAAAUUAAUAUAUGAAAUAAGCGUUAAUAGUAAUUAAACGAAAAUUAGUACUGCAAGGGGAUAGCACGGAUAUUUGCAGUGGCGUGCAUAAAUUGAAAUAUUUAAAACAACUCAUUUAAAUAAUCUAAUUUUUUAAACAUAACAAUGUAACCUGUUUUGAGUAUUAUGCUCAAUGUUGACAGCGAAAAACUCGAUAAACCCACACUAUCCCUUCUUAAACAGUUACUUUAAAUAUUACAGAAUUCUUUAAAGUUUAACUGUCAUUCGCGUUUAGCAAUCUUUUUAACAUGUUGAGGUUUUAUAAUUUUUUUAUAUGUGUGCGUUUUUUGUUAUUUUUUACACUCAAGCAAAUAGUAUACAUAAUAAGUAAAUAAAUAAUAAAUAUUUUUAACUUGACAAUUUAUAUGUUCUGUUUAGCAAUAAUAACAACAUAGCUCUUAAGCUAGAAUUAAUAUACGAAGUAAGAAACAAUUAAUGCGCCUUUUUUAAUUAAUUUUAAUAAUUUAAAGAUAUAUAUGUAUAUAUAAUUUUUUAAAAAUGAAGUGUACCAUGAACUUAUGUGCGCCACUAUGUUCAACUGUGCUACUUUCCCUUCUUAGUUAUUUAAAAAUUAUAUAUGAAAUAAGAACUGUUCUUAAGUGAUUACAUAAUAGUAUAUAGAACAUAUAUAGAUACAUAUAUAUAUAUAUACCGGAAGUAAAAAUAUAUUAAAAAUGGGCGGGAAAUGCUAAACAAUAUAUGCACGUAAGGCCAGCCUCCACAACUUAUUACAAAAAACAAAAAAAAAUAUCGAACAGCGUAGAUUAACAACGUGUCAAGAAUGUAAUAAAUUAUUAGCAGAGAUUUCAUGCACACAAGCAAACAAAAAAUUAAAUAUUAUAUGCAUAGUGAUAAAUCAAAAUUGACAUACAAACCUAUUAAAAUAAUAUACAAGCAGUGCAUUAAAAUGUGAAAAUUAAUGAACGAUUUAACGUAUGUACAUACAUAUGUAUGUACACUAUAUACAGACACAAACUUAUCUGUUUAUGUAGACAUAUAUAAAGAACAUUUUUAAUUACGGUAUUUAAGUGAAUGAUAAUAAAUUACGUUUAUAUAAGACAUA